CAAACAGCAGUAAAGCUACUGCAGAAGAAGACGACAGUUGCGGGAAAACUGAAGCGGAUGGUUCCUGUGUGGAUAACUUCAACCUGUAACAAAACAAGCCUUUAAAAGUCGCUAUGAAAACCCCAGAGGCCACAGAUGUCAAAAAGGGGAUUUCAGUCCUUUGGGAGACUCUACAAUGUCCCAUAUGCUUGGAUUUAAUGACUAUGCCUGUAUCCACUAAGUGUGACCAUCAAUUUUGCAAAUUUUGUAUGAUGAAAAUUUUGGACAGCUCCAAACAAAACAGGGCCAGCUGUCCUGUGUGUAAAGCCAAGAUAACCAAAAGGAGCUUGCAAGAGAGUCCUGGAUUUCAGAGACUUGUAGCAGGAUUGCAGGAUUUGAUACAAGCAUAUGAACAUGACACUGGCACAAACUACUUCACUGGAAUGCCCAAGCCAGAAAAACACUCAAAGGUCACAGAUGCUGAACUUGCCAAACAUCCUCAUAGUAUAUCCUCUGGAGAUACACUUAGCACUGGCCAUGACAAUGUGCAAAGUGCAGACCAUGAUGAUCUUCCACAGUCAAACUCAUCAACUGUAGCAGCCCAGAAUGGAUUUGCAAGACUCAUGGGUCUUGAAGACUCAACUCCUUUGGCGACAGAAAACGAAGGUCUGGAUAGCGGCCUUGGUGACGCUCCUCCGACGUCUGACAAGAAAAUGUCCAGCCCUACGGAUAAUGUGGACCCAGUGCAAACAGAAAUGUCAGAUGUGGCAAAAGCUACAUCAACGCAUAAAACUAGAAGCAAAAGGAAAUCUGUCAACUCGGAGAACCCUUGUCCAUUAUUAGUUUCAGAUGAAACUGAACCCCAACCUCUGAGAAAAUCCUCAAGGAAGAAAUGCAAAAAGGAUUUGGUGCCUGACAAGAUUCUUGAGCAGAAACAGAAGAAAAGUUUAGAGAAGGUCGCUGAGUGGCUCAUGAAAGUCCCAACUGAAGGAAGUCUCGAGUUAGAGAAACCAGAUGAAGACGCAGACGACUCCGACAGCUGUUCUUCCACUUCAACAAUAAAUAUCAAGCAACACAUUAGGGACUUGAUUCCUAAGAAAGUAGAGCAAGCUCGAGCCCUUGAAGAGCAGGUGUUCGGUGCCGUCUACAAACGAGAGCGAAGAGGAAACCGUACCGUCUCUCCUCCACUUAACGUUUUUAUUGAGCCACCAACACCUUCAGAGAUGCAGACACAUGAAGGUGUUUCCAUACUAAGGGAGGAAGACAAUCUCACGCCUGCUGAUUGUGAAAGCAACACAGAGGGAGAUAAACAAAUGACAGAAGAAAAAAAUGACACCAGCAGUGAUAUUUUUAAAGUAGCAGAACAGAUGGACAUCAGGGAGGAAAAUAACACAGACACACAUGUGGACGAUUUGAACAACUUCCCAGAAAGUGACAAAAUUCAAGGUGAAGAUGAAGGUCUCUGUCCUGUGUCUGAUAUUGUACAACAGCAACCGGAAACCAAGACAAAGAAAAGGAUGCAUAACCCUGUGCAACAUGUUGACAGUGAUUUGAAAGAGAAAGCAAUGGCAAAAUCUGAAUGUACUGAGCAAAAGAAAACUGACAAGAGGAAAGGAAAAAAGUCAAAUAAAGGCAAGCCUGCGAGAGUCCCGAAGCCCCUUGUUCUGGUUGAAGUUCAAAAUGGAGAAACCAGUCCAAAGACUACAGCAAGAUCAGAAGAAGUACACGUACAAAUUGAGAAUUACCCAAGCAGUGAAGACCAAGAAACUCCUGUCAUGAGGAGCAACAGGAGAAGCAGAAGACUUCAGCUCUUUGCCAGUGAAGUCCAGGAGGGCUUCAAGAAAUCAAACUUGAAAGCAAAUGUACCUGAGAAAAACAACAGCGCUGCAAAGAAAUCUGAAAAUGCAAAAGGUGAAACACUGGGUGAUAAAUCACCUAAAAAAGACUACAUGACAAAGGCAGCUAAAAGAAAUGGAUGUAUUUACGAUGAAGAUAUAGGAGGAAUUGAAAACUUGGAGUCUGCUGAGGGAGCAUCUUUUCUGAAGACAACAGAAAAUGUUAAAGAGUCCAUUGCUGAUGCACCAAAUGCUGAAGCCAGUGCUGCUGUUUGUGUUUCUGCGGUCCCAAGUUCUUCAAGUCCACCUGAUACAACUGUGGUAGGUCCAACUCUUGAAAAUGACAAGCCAACAAAAACUCUAACAAACAGUGUUCACCUGGAAGCCUCAGUUUGUGAGAUUAAAUGUGCUGAAAUGGAAAAUGAGGAGGAAAAGAAUGACAGUGAGCUGGACACUGAGCAGCUACUCAGGAGCUUUAAAGCUGCUAAAAGGAAGUCUUUCCAUCUUGGUCGUCCAAAUGUGAAAAAGAGCCGCCAGUCUGACAAAGAAAACAUGCUUGUUACUGAAGCAGAGGAGGACUAUCCUGAUUGUUCUGGUGUUGCAAAGACAUCUGAAACCACCAAGCAAGAGGCUUUAAGAGACACUGGAAAGUCAUCCUGUAGUGAUUUGAUCCCACCUUCUAAUUCACCCAUCCAAACAAGAAAACCAAUCGCUGAGAAACCAGAUCAAGUGGCGAUAGAAGCCUUGAUCGCUGAUAGCAGCUGUUCAGGUCAGGACAGUGCGUCUAGUAACCUCAGGAAUAGUCUUAGCAGUGUCCUCAGUCCGAACAAAGUGACAAAAUCUGAAUCUGAAAGUCCUCAACUUUCUGUUAUCCCUCAAAUAGUAGAUUCUGGGCUUCGUUUCACAGCAGUUGAACAUGAGGAGCCAAACGAAGUCUCAAAGUCCUCUCAAAUCGAAGACAGUCAGCUUGAUUGCACUGCGAGGGAUGCUAGCAAAGGGAGUGAGAUAGGAGGUAGUGUUUCAGUGAGGAAUUCAGCUUCUAAUGUAAAAUACUGUUCAGUCAAUACAGCUGAACACAUCGUGAUUGCAGAGUCUUCAUUAAUCCAUGACGACCUGGUAUCUCCAUCUGUGGAAAUAGUCCACAAAGCAAAGACAAACAGUCAAGGCAGUGGAGAGGUCAGUGGCCAUUCUUCCAUUAAUACCAAUGUGAGGAAGACGAGAAGGGCUCAGAGGCUGGAGUCUUCAUCCGAGUCCGAUUGCAGCGGAUCCAAAGAGGAAUUACCAACUUUGACUCAGAUCUUUGGAACGUCGACUCGUCCCUCUGCUGUGAAUCAGGAUCAGAAAGAGUCUAACGAAGCUGACAGAUGUGAGGAUGCUGGUGUUACAGCUGAUGCAGCAGAACCGUUGAGCCCCAACAGUGUUCACUCCAGCCAAGGGUCUGUGGACUUGUUUGGCACACCAGAUGAAUGUGAUGUCCCAGUAAAUGACACCAGUGUUUCCUUUGAAUCAUCACAAUUCUCAAGUGAAGUCCUUGUUACACAGCAAAAGAUAGAAAUGCAGAAGGAGCUGGUGAGGCUGGAGAAGCUGAUGGCUCUGGUGUCAGAGGUGCUUCAGGAGAAAGAAGGAAGUCCGGCGAAAGAAGUCCCCUCAGAAACCCAUCAGGACAGCAAAACUACAGGCCAAGAUGCUCACAAAUCUCAUGUUUGUGACCAGGAUGCAGGCCAAGGGUUAGACGGGAAGCAUGUUCCAGAUGCAGGACAAGACCCAAAUGCAGGAGUCAUUGAGCCCAAUGUAUCAAAGCAUGGCGGCAUCACAGAGAACACAGUGCCGCACUCAAUAUGCACAGAGUUGAGUGUAAAAGGCUCUGGAGGCUCCAAAAUGCCAGGUCCGACUUCGGCAUCCAAAGCACUAAAGAACUACAGUUCACCAUCAGAUGGGCAUGAAGACAAAGAAAACAACAGCCCUCCCAAAGAUGGAUGUAAAGCUAAACUGUUGCUUGUGUCGUCUGGAUUAGGCCCCAAUGAGCAGAUAAUGGUGAAAAAGUUUGCAAAGAGAGUUGGUGCCCGUGUGGUUUCCCAGGUGACCCCAGAUGUGACUCAUGUCAUAAUGCGAACAGAUGAACAACUGGUCUGUGAGCGCACACUGAAAUACUUCCUUGGCAUUGCCAGCAGGAAGUGGGUGGUGAGCUUCCAGUGGAUUACUGAGUGCUUCAAACAAAAGAAGCUCUUAGAUGAGAGUCCAUUUGAGGUGAGAGGCGAUGUGGUGAAUGGAUUCAACCACCAGGGUCCCUGGAGAGCUCGUACUACUGACAACAGCAAUCUGCUCAUGAGGGGCUUCAACAUCUGCUUCCAAGGACCUUUUACAGACAUGACUACAGAUGAAAUGGAGUGGAUGGUGGAGCUCUGUGGUGCAGCUGUAGUUAGAGAUCCACUUUUCCUCGACAGCAAACAGAAGUCCCAUCAACUGGUCAUUGUACAGCCUAGAUCAGAGUCGUCGUCUUCUACAUACAGCAGUCUCUCCAGACAAGCCACAGUUUUGACCCGUGGUUGGCUGUUGGACACGGUUGCGACCUACACGCUGCAAAACUUCAACAAUUACACAGCAUGAGCAGAAGAACACACAGUAACACACAGUCCUCUCCUGACUUGUUUUAUAAUUCCAUUUUUAAUGAAACAUUCUUAAACUAAACUGUCAUUGUGCUAUUCUGUGUGUUGUAUUUGAAAAAUAUGAUGUAUAUAAAGUUUAAUCUGCAGAA